UGUAGGGUUCAGGGGUGGAGCACGCAGCCCCAGGCCCGUGCUGAGUUCUUCCGGCCGGCGGUUUGCAGGGGAUGCUGCAGGCGGCGGUGUGGCAGCAGAAGGGUCCGACGGGUUGGAGUAGCAUGCUACGCUGGGUAUUUCGUUUGAGAUGGUUUGCAGGGACCGGGCUUACCUGUGCUAACUGCCGUACUCAUCACCGGCCGUGCGACACGUUUGUUCGUUCCGAUGGAUCUUCGUGGUAUGACAUAUUUGUAUGCUUCGUUCGCUGACCGGCGUGAUACUAAACCCACAUGCAUUGCGCUGUGAUUGAUGGCACUUGCAGCUGUAUUUCGUACUGACUAGCACCUGGUGGCGAUGUUAUGAUAUCCAAUUGGCAUCUGUGCCUGUGAUGCACAUUCGUGCAUGUAUGUGGCAAUGCCCCUUGGCCUAAACCUGGGCGUACAACGCAACUAGCACAUAAAAAAUCUUCAUCCGCUGGUUAUGGGAAUGUGAAUUUGUCGGGAACUAACGCGGUUGGACGGACAAACUGCUGAUCGUGGUGCGGCGGUUGCUCAUGCAAACACCAUCUGGCCGGCGAAUGUGUGUGGCUAGCUGGGCUUUAGGAUGGAUUGGUGAAUGAUCGAGGCUCUUUAUGGGGCAUGCGUUGUCUGCUGGCAGCAGCCAGCUACGCAUAUAGGUGGGCGUGCGCGUUGGGGGAACCGAGGAAGGGAGCAUUUUAUGGGCGGAAAACACCAAAACCAGCGAACGUACGUGUACGGGGGGGUUGGAUUCCCGAGGGAGUUCGGGGGUUCUGAGUUCGGGGGUACUGAUUUUACGGAGGCUGACAUGUUCGAUGGCGCAGGUGGCUAACGUUGUGCAAGGGUGCAACCGCUCCGAACGACACGGACUGGGGGCUACGGAUGUAACGGAGAUGGUGUGGGGAAGAUUGGGGGCAACCGGGGCCUUCAACCCCUUUUUUGGAUUGUGCACUGCACGCUGUGUAUGUGGUGUACUCUUUUACGCCUUGGCCAGAUCAAUCACAGGCCCGUACGUUGCUGAAGAACUCUUUGUGAAUGUGCGGGAGAGUCACACACGCUGCGUGACCGACGGAGGCUGCUGAGCAGAGCGGUGACGCUUUCCCGUUCCUUGGUGCAAUUGCAGUUCUUGGGGUGUAGCGCAUGUCCUACUUGGGGCGCGCCUCGGCCGCGCGCGCGUUCUCGCAAAUAUAGUUUGGCCAAGCACGCCUUGAUGCGCAUGAACGCACGCGGGCGCCGCGUGCAGCUAAGUAUGCGCGCAUGUGGAUCGGUUGGUUGGUUGGCAGGUUGGUUGGUUGAGCUGGUUGGUCGUUACUUGGCUGGCCACUAACAGCCUCCCUUCGCCUGUAAUUACUUACGGUCGCAUUCUGAGUAAUGCGGUGUGCGUGUUUAUGAAUGUUCAUGUAUGUGUGUGUGUGAGAGCACAAGAGAAGGAAACAUGUGCUUGUGUGCUUCAACGUAUGUGCUGGUUAUGCUGGGAUGGGGAUUUGCUGCCAUUGAUACGAUAUACGUGAUGACCGCCGGGCGACCAUUUGGCGACGUCGGAAGUCUGAUGGAAUGAAUGUCAAGCCUGGGGCCUAGGAACAUUAGCGGCCGCGCCUUGGGGCCGCAGUCCACGUGCCAAGACUGUGGCAAAAGCUAACAGUAUAGUUUGCAUGAUUGGGGAGGGGUGAAGAGUAGUGGCUGAGCAAUGCGGCGUACACAUGCGGUAAGCGCAAUGCAUUCACAACACUUGUGCGGAUGCGUGCAGCAGCGGGAACGAGACAGUGAAGCUAUGUGUGUGUGCGCGUAGAUGUCACGUUGGCGCUCGUGCACACACAAGGAUGCGGUCAUGGAUCCAAGCGGGCUGUGGCAAUGUGGUGUUUGAGAGGAUAAGGCAUCAUGUGUUGAAUCUGUGUGUGUAAGUGUGUGCUGUCGGGUAAGAUUUAUUUCUGUUUGGGUUGGUGCCUGCUGUGCUUGUGCUUGACAGCGGGACGUGGCUGGACGCAUGGCGGGCCGUGCCUGUACAAACCGACCCCGGCUAUGUCCGGGAGCUGAGGUAGACGCUUGCGGCCUUAGAUGGGAGACGUGGCGUGGGGCGCAGCCCACUUUUCCCUCGGGAGGGAAAACCAUAUUGUCCACCACAGCCCUUGUUUCCUCUAGCCCCCGUGCAGCAGGGGACACGUAUGGCUGUGGAUUUGUACGUACAUAGAAGGCGCAGCCUCAUGCAGGUAGUAAAGUGUGUUUGUGUAUGUAUGUGUGUGUGUGGUUUCCAGUUUGAGCACGGUGGUUUGUAAGGUUUCUGUGCUUCGCUUGUUGUAUACCGCGUGGGCGCUUGUGGGGGCGGUCCAUGAGUCCUACAAGCAUGAGGAGCGACCUGGGCUUAAGUGUGCUUGCAAAGUUUCGCCCCGCUGUCAGACAUACCGUUGGCAUCGGGAGGCAGGCCGGGCGGGAGGUGUGACCCCUGAAUGCAACAGAAGCACGGCUGUGUGUCUGAGUCAUGAAGAGCGGUGGAGUUGCAGGCAAUGAGGUGGACGGGUUGUGUUUCCCGAAGGGAUGCACCCGGCAACUAGCAGCGGCCCCUCCCACGGCCCGUCCUCGCCCUUGAAUUCUACGGACGGCCAAUGGCCAAAGCCGAGGAAUUACCGUACGGUAGUGCGUAUGUACUACAUGAUUGCAUGAAUUACCGUACUGUAUGUCGUUCGGUUCGGAGCUAUGACUCGGAUGCGAUUAUGAGAUGUGCGCCUGGCUGCUGGAUGCGAUAACCCUUGUCUGGGGCUGGUCCUCCCAUUAUGAUAUUCUGUCAAUACCGGGAGGCGGAGACAGGCGGGAGGGAUGUGUGCUGGUGGUGGUGCCUUGCCUGUCCUUACCACCCUAGUAGGAUGCAUGCUGUAGAAUGAUGCGCGUGGUCGCUACGCAAGCGUCUGUCGUGUGCACCGUUCCGUGCACAACAUGUUUGUGAGACUCGUUUGCCUAUUGCGAGAUGCCGUAUGAUUGAUAGCGGCGGCGGGCGGCGUGUAUUUGUGGCGGCGUACAAUGCAUUGAGAUUUAUGAAGGAGAUCCCCGCCGCCGCCUGCGGGCCGCGGGCCGCGGGUGCGUGCGUGCGUACGAGCGCAUUGCCCGCGAGAGCGAGGGUGAAGGACUUGCUUGCUGAGAGGUGUAUGUCCCAAAAUGUAAGUAAGUCGGUGG